AUGGGGGGGCCAAGCCCAGAUAACAGUUCGGACCAACCUACACCGGCGGGGGUACCCAUUGUAGUGACAGCAAUACGUCUAGAAAUAGACAAGAAUAUCUGUCAAGGCAACUAUGUUCUGGUGAGUCGGUUUGUGUCCAAGUUGGAACAAACGGCACCGGUGCCCAUACCAACUCUACAUAAGAUGAGGUACCCAGCAUUAGUAAGAAGCCUAUUGGACUCUACUGAUGCAACGGGGAAACCCAAAUCAGUACUCAAUAACUUGAGAGACUCUGAGACACAUGCGACAAAGCACUUCAAAGAUCCUGAGCAAUUCAAUAGACCACAUCCAGUAGACAAUCUGUUGGAGAAGUUUCUUAAUAACUUGCAGAAUAAGAAGAUGAAUGUCGAAGUGCGCACAGAACGUGUGCACAAGACAAUGGCGAUGUUAGAGGAGCGUUACCGCAACUCAGACGAGGAACCCAUACACUACCAAAUUCUCAAAGUAUAA